AUUCUUGAAAAUUUACGUUGUGGCAAAAUGGAAAAAACUUCCGAUGCAGCCGAUGAUAUUAUGAAAUCUGAUAAACUUGACCUCAUGAAUUAUCCUCACAUUAUUGACGAAUUAGCCGAAUGGUCCAUUAAUUUGGAUUCCAAGCUGUCGGCAGAUAAUAGUUAUUCUGUUGCAGUAGAUUUGUUACGUUGCCGAAAUAUUUCAUUAUCAAGUGUACAUCCCUCCUCACUCAAUCUGUCUUCGGAUGACAAGUUACCAGCUAGUAAAGAGUCAGAUUCAUCCUCACUUUCCAAGAUAAAUUACCUUUUGUAUAACACCUGGAGAAAAUUGUCGGAUGUACUGACUUUUUGGUUCCCACCUUCCCAAGUUUUAGUCACUUACGCUCAUUUACGCGAAAAUAAUUGCCCUUGGCAAUUAGGUUAUCUUUCAUCUGAGUCCGUUCAAGGUCAGGCUUUGUGUCUUGUAGCCACUCAUUGGCUAGAGUUAAUGGAAUUGCCAAAUAGACUUCAAAGUUCUAAUUCCUCGUCAUUAAACGAUUUGAAACAAUCAAAUGAUAUCACCCCAUUUGAACUUAUUCAAUCACCUAACAUAAGCUCUACAUAUGUUGAGUCAGAUGUCAAUCAGAUUGUUACAAAUCACUCUACCAGGAUAACAAGAAAGUGGUAUCUAAGUUACGUGGACCCAUGUCCACAGUGGCGCAUAGUUACUUUUUUAUCGUAUAAACCUAGUGAAACAUUUGAGUACGAUUUAUCAGCCAAUGGCUCAAAUUCAACUUUGGAUAAUCUGUAUUAUAUAACCGCUAUAGGUUAUAGUAAUGGUUCCAUUGAUAUAAUUGACCUAUCAAUUGAUGAAAGUGAGAGGCCUAACUUGGACCAAAAUAUUCGACGUAGUCGGAUUUUCAUUCCAUCUCCUUUUACACAGUCGAUCGAUUCGCUUGGUUACAAGAAACCACUCUUUCCCAUUGUUUUAUUGUCUUUCAUUGAUAUAUCUCACCUUUUAGUGGGUCAUUUCAGAGGUCAUGUAGAUUUGUGGCAUUUAGAUUGGAAAGCGAAGAGUUUCCCAGCUCGUAUGAUGAUGAGAAUUUAUUCUAUCAGUACUUACAAAGCUUCUAAACCAUCUCCUUUAUUGUCAGCUGUAUAUGACUCAUCGUCCAGUUUGCUUGUUUUAUCUAGUUUACCGAACGUCAAUGUAUCUGUGUCCAAAUCAAUGCAUAGAAAACUUGGACUAUCAUGUUAUUAUGUGUCCAAGAAGGCACCUUAUUUAACUCCAGCCUCCUCCAGUUCAACAUCUGAUGUAAUACCUGGUGGAUUGAUGAGUUUAUAUAGUGCAUGGAAGGACACAUCAGUUCAUUUACUAUGCAACUUAUUUCGUCGCAACAGUUACCUGACUUGCGAUAACACAGAUGCAAUCACUUCUAUGACUUUGGCGAAUUUCAGUACUACUUCACUUCCAAUUUUUUCAUCUUCAGAUAUAUCCGACCAAUUAUUGCUUGGUAGCCUUCAUUCGUCAGGUUCAUAUUCUGUAUGGUUGAUUCCAUCUUUUGAAUUGCUUCUUCUGAUUGCCAAUCCUCAAAGUAGCCCCAACCUCUCAUUAUCACCAAUGAAUCAGGCUUCUAGUAUGUAUAGUAGACCUUUCCGAAUAGCUUGGUGGGGUAGACCUUCAGAAUCAGAUGAAUUAUUAAAUCAAACUAUUCAAUUAUGUGUUCUUCAUGAAAAUGGUUCAAUUGAUUUGUUAGAUAUAAAAAAAUGUGGCAAAGAAUUUUAUCCUAAAAUAGCAAGAAAACUUGAAAGUUUAAAAUUAUCCAAAUUUCCUGUAUUUGCUACACAUUCUACUGUUCAAUCUAAUCUUCAAUCUUGUUUCUCUGAAAUUGUCCUAUUAUCUUCUUGUUUAAAAGAAGAUUCUGAAUCUAACAUUGACAAUAUUGUACAUCAUUCAUCUAAAACUAUGAUUUUUCAUCAUUGUAUACGAUGUACCCGAUUAAAAUCAACCACAUAUCAUGGAUUAUUUGAUCAUUAUAUACGUAUAGGUAAAUUUCAUAAAGCUUUAGAAUUAAAUAAAUCCAAUAAAAGGAUAAAUGAUGAAAUUGUCUAUAAACAAAUGUGGAUUAGAUUAAGUAAUGAAUUUUGGAAAAUCAAUAAUUUUCAACAAUUUCUUCAUUCAACAUUAGAUCCAAUUCAAAAAAUUCAUCCAUUAUGGAUUAUAAAACAAUGUUUAAAUUAUCUGCCAAAAUUUGUACCGUUCAAUUUAAAUUAUACUUUAUUACUUUCAAAUAUUCAAUUAGUUUUAAAUUAUGGUUUAAAUUUAUUAAUAAAUAAUAAACAUUUAAUAAAUAAUAAUCUUUGGUAUUCAACUAUACAUGAUCGUUUCUUAACUUAUCUAACUCAUAUUCAUUGUAUUGAAUUAAUCAUACGAAAUGAAUUACAAUCUGAUCCAUCAAAGAAUAAUGAAUCAACAAUUCAUUUACAUCUUAUUCAUCAUGAAACAUAUCAACCUUGUAUUCAAGUGAUUCUAGAAUUUAUUAAUCAUUUACGUAUUCAUUCAUUAUUAUUUAUUGCUUUAAAUUAUGUUAAUUAUCAACAAUUUAUUGCAUUAAAUACAAUAAUUGAUUAUUUCCCAAAAUCUAUCGGUUUAUAUCGAUUAUUGAUUGGAUCUUAUUUAUCCGAAACAAUUAAUCCCAAUUUAUAUUUUAAUAAACUAUUUAAUUUACAAUCCAUAUCACAAAACAAUCAAACCGAAUCUAUUAUUGAUAUACAAAAUGAUCAUCAUAAUGAGAUGUUGAUGAUAAUGAUGAAGAGUGUACAAUGUAAUUUUUCCAUUUCAUUAUAUCUAGAUGUAGAAAUUGUAAAUAAUCCAUUGAAAUUGGUGAAAAUUUUCUCUUCUUGGUUCAUUGAACGAGCUAUACAAAUUGAUACACGUUCUGGUUUAACUAAUUAUGCAUUAAAUUUAAUCUCUAUGGGUUUAUCUAUGUGUGAAGAAAUUUUAAAAGGGAAUCCUAUUGAUCAUGAAGUAGAAAUAUGUUUAAAAUCAUUGAAAAAAGUUCAUCGAGAUUUUAUUGAAUUAGCACAAAUUAUCUACAAUGAAAAUAUAUCUCCAACUACAACACUACAAAUUUCUAAUGAUUUUACAAGUAUAAUACCUCAAGAAUGUAAUAAUAAUAAUAAUAAUAAUAAUAAUAAUAAUAAUAAUAAUAAUAAUAAUAAUAAUAAUAAUAAUAAUAAUAAUAAUAAUAAUAAUAGUAAUGGCAGUACAAACGAAUGUAUCAGAGCAUUUCAGUUGAAAAUGAAAAAUUUCCAACAUUUCGAUUCUAAAUUCAUUUUAACUCUUCUACUUCGAAUUAGUUUGAAUCUUAUCAACUCGGAUAAUCUACAUAAUACAUCAUCAUCAUCAUCUGUUAAUUCAGAUAAAUUAGUCUCAUUUGUUGUUUAUCAGUUAUUACCACAUUUAGCUGAGAAAUGUUCUCCAUCUGAUUAUCAACAAUUAAUUAAUCAUUGUCUUUUGUAUGCAGCAAAUUACAUAGGUUUAACUGGUCACCUCAAACUUUUGGAGUCAGUUAAAUUGGGAUCUUUAACUGAUUUUAGUGAUUAUUUGUCAAUAAAUCUAACUGAUUCAGUCGUUUUGAAUAAUGAUUCUCGUGUUAAUGAUUAUCUAACUAUUUUAAACCCAUAUCGACUAUUAAAUGGAUUAGUUUAUGUUUUGAAAGAAUAUGAACUGGAUCAUAAAGUUGAUCAACUAUUCAAUCAAGAACCGAUUGUAUCAUUAUCAACAUACUUAAAUAAUGCUAAUCAACUUAUUCAAUCAAUGCUUAUUUAUUGUCAAGAUUAUAAAAUGAUUAUUUUACAAUUUACUAAUGAAAUAGAUUAUAAAAACUUAUUAGAAAGUAUUCAAUUGAUAAAUCAAUUUAUUCUAGCUUUUAUUGAAUUUCAAUCAUUGAUACAAUCCAUUGAAAAAUGUAUUGGUUCAUCAAUUCAAUUAUCUUUCAAUUCUAUUGGAUCAUUUUAUCGAUGUAGUCAAGAUGCAAAAUAUUUUUAUUAUUUAUUAAAUAAUUGGAUGCAAAUAUUCAAUCGAUUAGCUAUGACAUAUGAAUAUAAAGAUAAUAUCUCUGAUGAAUUAAUUCAUGAUAGUAAUCAUAAAUGUAUACAACGAUCACAGAUUUCUGAAUCAACUAUAAAGAAACUCAAUGAUACUUUCUGUCAAUUCUACAAAAUUCUGUCAAAAGCAUUUCAUCAUUGUCCAUCUGAAUCAUGGUUAGAAAUUGGUUUACAGUAUACAUUAUUCGCUUCAGGUAAUGAAUAUCUUCUUGAAUUAUCAAGAAAUUUCUGUUUAAAUUUCAAUGAAUCACGUAUAAAUUUACAAAAAACUAUUGAAUUAUCUGAAAAUGCAUUAAAUACAUGGAGAAUUUGUUUAUUAAAUGCUAUUCGUACCUAUGUGAAUACAUCUGUACCAAUAAGAUCCGAUUUAAAAAUGGUAUUUACUGAUUCUCAAACAUCAUCAUCAUCAUCAUCAUCAUCAUCAAAUGUCUACUCUAAUAGAAUUAUGGAUCCUAAUGAACGUUUAGCACGUCAUUGUUUAUCCAUUAUUGAUUCAUUACAUAAUCAAAUGAAUUGGAAUCAAUCAUUGUUAUUAGAAUUUCAUAUAGAAAAAUGUUUAUUAGAUGCAUCAACAUUUCUUGGAACAAUUCAUAAAAUAUUAUCACCAUCAAUGAUAUCAUCAUCUUAUUUACCGUAUAAAUUAAGAUAUUUAUGGUGUACUACUACUACUACUACUACUACUACUACUACUACUACUACUACUACUAAUAAUAAUAAUAAUAAUAAUAAUAAUAAUAAUAAUAAUCAGUCGGAUGAAUUAUGUAAUAAACGUAUUGAUUUAUUGAUUGAUGCAUUCAAUAAAUUAAUUAAAUUAUUUUCCAUAGAUACUAAAACUAAUUAUGAUAAUAAUUAUUUAAAAAAAUUAUUUAAUUCAAUAUUAUUACAUAAUAUAGCUAAUAGUUUCUUAAUAAACAUUGAACAAGUAAAAAGAUGUUUUAUUCAUUCCAUGUAUCAUUAUAUCAAAUUAAAUACAAAUGAUAAUUAUCCUAAUGUAUAUUUAUUACAUUUAACUUAUAAUUAUUUAAAUGAUUUAAUUGAAUUACGUAAUGAAUUAUGUUGGCAUGAAUGUGCUAAUUGGGCUGGUUAUGAAUCUGAAUUAUAUGAUCCAUCAGAUAUUUUUAAUCAUCAUCAUUAUACUACUCAUAUUAAUAAUAGUAGUAAUAAUAAUACUAUUGAGAAAUUUGAUAAUAAAUUAUAUUCAUGGACAUAUUUACAUGCAUUAUAUAAUAUUGAACGUUCAAAAUAUAAUUUCACUAAUAUGAAUAUAGAUAUAAUGGAAUUAUGGAAUGUUGAACGUUAUCGUUUACGUUUAGCUAGAUAUGCAUUAGCUUAUUGUAAAUCAUUAGAAUAUUUAUAUGAUUUAUGUAAUUUUAUUGGAUUAUGUACACUACGUCUUGAAUGGGUUACAUUAUCGAUUAUUAUGUUAAAUAAUAAUAAAAAAGAAGGUAGUAAUAUUAAAAAGUUAUCACGUAAUAUGUAUAAACAACUGGUUAAAUUAAUAUCGUCGGAAUAUCAUCAAUUAGAAACUGAGAAUCAUAAUAAUAAUAAUAAUCAUGAUAAAGGUAUUACAUUAUGUUUACCACCAUAUUAUUCAGAAUUAACAAAUGAUCUAUUCACUGAAUUAAGAUCAAAUAUAUUCGAUCAAUUGGAACCAAUUAAUUAUCCUAAUUAUGGUUUAAAUGAACAACGUCUAUGGUUUGCUUUUCUUAUUCAUUGGGCUAAAUUGAAUCAAAUCAAUAUAUUUAAUGAUCAUGAUGAUGAUAGUGAUGAUGAUUGUAAUCCUAAUAUUAUUUGGUGUAAAACAUUUUUAGAAGUAAUGAAUCGUGAUACACGUUUAGCAAUUAGUUAUUCAGCUAUUGGUUCAAAAUAUUGUCGAUUUUAUUCAUCUAAUUCAAUAUCCUAUUUGAAUUAUAUAAAUCAAGUUAGUUCUAUUCUAUUACCAUUUAUGGAAUCAUCUAGUAUUUCUGUGAAUUUCGAUAGUACAUGUCGUAUUGUAUUAGUUCUAUUAUGUUAUAUUUUAAUAUCAGUUUAUGAAUAUAAAACUAUGGAAUAUUGUCUUCCAUGUGGAUGUUUUCCAUCAGGUAAAUAUUUAUGUUCAAAAUAUUGUUCUUUUAUAACAUCUGAAGAAUUUAGUCAAGAAUUUAAUCAACUUCAUAAACAACUUAUUCAUACAUUGUUAAUUGUUUUAAGAGAAAGUCUUAUUCAUCGUCUUAUUAAUAAAUUUCCAAGUAUUGAUUUUGUCCGAUUUCAUCAUGAUCAAAAUUAUCAAGAAGAUACUAUAUAUGGAUUAUGUUCAACAAAUUUUUCACUUGGUCUACAAUUAUGUUCAUGUUAUAAUCUUUCACAAAUUGAAGGUAUAUUUUGUCGUCUUGAAUAUUUAUUCCGUGAUGAAGAUUAUACUAAUGAUAAAAUUAAAAAAAUGAUAAAUUAUAUUAUUCAAUGGAUCUUAACAUAUCCAAAUGGAAUGGAAAUUUUAAUUCAUCGUAUUCAACAAACUAUUUAUCCAUUUCUAAUACAAUUUUCACAAAUAAAAUUAUUUUUUGAUGUAUUACCUAAUGAGUGUGAUUUACAGGUAUUUGAUGGUCUUCAAAUACAGCUACAUCGAAAGAUAUUGAAUAGUUUAUCAAAAUUAAACAUUGAUGAUACAUUUUUCAAUUGUUUAAGUUAUCCUGAAUUCAUUAAUUCUCUUCAUCAAUCUACUGAAUUGUAUAAUCAUCCACUAUUUAACUUUAUCCAAACUAAAUCUGUUGCAGAUGUUGUAGCGAAAAUUGUUGAACAAAUACAAGCUGAUGUUGACAGUAAUGAGAUUACAUCUUUACAAGUUGGUGAUAUUUAUGCAAUAUUUGGUUUAAGAGUGUUUUAUAACUCGACAUUAUUUGAAUCUUUCAAAAAUAUGUCUGACUUAUUAAAAUUAUUUGAAUUGAUCGCUCCAGGUAACACUUCAAAUGAUGUUUCACGCUUUGUAAACUGGUUGGAUGAAUUGUUAUAUGAUAGUACAUUUUCAGAAAAUUUAUCUAUUAGUCAACGUCGUUUGGUUUUGAAAUCGGCACAUUCUUUUGUUUCAAGAUUAAAUCAACCUACUACUGAAAUGGUGAUCAAUGAUUAUGUAUUAAAUUUCAAUCAAAUUUUAUAUUUAUUAAAUAAUAUUUUAUUCCCUCAAGAGAAUACCAUUCGCAAUGAUCAAGAUGAUUUCAAUGAAAUAGAUCUAAAUAAGAAUUUUAUUAAUAAAUUCUUAUUACCUAAAGCAUUCUAUUCUAAAUUAAUUAGUAUAAAACCAACUAAUCAAUUAGCUAAAGUUAAUUUCUUUAAAGAGUUUAUCUUUACCAUCAUUAAUAAUCCUUUGAAUGGUAUACAUCAACAUAGUAACAAUGAUAUGUCAUCACAUUUGGUUUGUUUAAAAAUUACUACAAAAUUACAAAUUCUUGGCUGUUUACUACCACAUUGUUUGAAAACGUUAAAUAUUGAAAAUGAAAUUUGGUUAAAUAUUCUACAAGAAAACUUAUCUAUUUGUUUCUCAUUAUUAUCAUCAAUAUUUACAUUAAAUUUUGAAUAUUUUUCACAAAUUAACAUAAAUCAACAACAACAACAACAGGAACAAAUAUCAACACAAAUGUUUACUAAUUCACAAGUUCAAUUAAUUUAUCCACAUCUUAAUGAUUUUCUUAAUUUAUUUAUCAAAAAUGAUGAUGAUGAUGAUGAUCCGGAUCAUGAUCAUGAUCCAUUGAAUGAUCCAUAUCGAAUUGAUUCUAUAGAACUUUUAACUUGUCUUUUAUCAAAUACAACUAUACGUCGUUUAUUUGGUAAAAAUUUAUUAAAAUCUUAUUCUAAUCCUAUAAAUGAUUGGGAUGAAUUACAUUUUACUAAUACACUUACAAUAUUUAUGAAAACAUUAAAUUAUUUACAAAAUUCUUCUAAUAAUUCACAAUUAUCAGAAUUCAAUAGUCAACUUUCAUUAUUAUCCAUUGAUAAUGAUAUAAAUCAAUUUCAAAAUAGUAUAAUACAAUUAUUUGAACAAAAUUUAAUGAUGAUUAAUAGUGAUGUUGAUGAUCAUCAUCAUCAAUUGAGGAACAAUUUCAUGGAGGAUUCAUUUAUUAUGAUUAAGGAAAAUGUAGAACUAUUGAGAUCAAUUAUUGAGUUAAUUGAUCUGAUCAUAAUCGACGACAUACUACCAGAUAAAUGUGAUUUUCUCCAAAAUUUAUGGAUACUAUGGUAUCAAUAUUGUGAAAAGUCUGGUAUAAUUUUUAUGAACAAUGAAUUAUUCAACUCUGAAUUAUUCAUAUAUCAAUGGACAAAAUUUUGUAUUCCACCAAUUGAAUUUACUAAAGCCGGACUGAAACGAUUAUCAGAUUAUUACACUUACAAUAAAUCAUUUCCAUCUUAUCCAAUUACAUAUCAAGCUGCCCUACUUAGCAAUGGUUUAUUACAAUCUAAUAUUGAUUUGAUCAAUUCUACAUUAUCUAUUUUAUCUAAUAUAACAAAUCAUGAUUCGAUUAUUCAUUAUUUAGAUUCAUAUGUUUGUUGUUAUUUCAUAUGUAAUCACUAUAAAUAUUACUUAAAUUUAAUGAAUAAUAGUAGUAUAUGUAAUGAUCCAAUCAUUUCUAGGAAAUUCUUUUCGAAACUAUUCACUUCAUUGAUGAACUUACUUCAAUCAAAUCAUUCUAAUCAAAUGAUUUAUUAUAAAAUGGGAUAUAAUUUGUGUUUAUUAUUACGUAAUGAGAAUAUGUGGUUAGAAGCAAUGAAAAUUUAUCGGAUUAUUGAGCGAAUCGACACUAAUAAAUUACCAAUAGAAUAUCUUAUGAAAUUAAUUCAUGAAUUAAAAUGGAUUGAAGAAUAA